AUGGCAAGCAUAGAGCGGGCAUCUCCAAACUUGAGUAAGACUACUAGCUCGGGCUUGAUCCGCACUUCAAAAACAUGGGUCUUACCACCAAGAACAAGGCCCGGACGACGUCCUAAGACGUCUUGGCAAGAAGAAGAGGUGGGUCCGGCUGAAAGUAGCAAAAAGACCAGGAAUAGAGACGCGCAACGAGCGUUUCGAGAGCGGCAAUCGAAACAGCUCGAAAAACUGGACCAAGAGGUGAUGAAAUGGAGGGAAAAAUGCGCUUUUUACAAGCAGGAAAUGACAAAAUACGCAGAACAAGUCAAACGGAUGGAACAGGAGAUUCAGGAGUUGAAAUCUAAGGGUAGCAGACGUGAGAAUCUGGUAGAAAAAUGCGACCUUUGCACACAUGACUUGUGUAUAUGUCGGGACGCGGAACUCGAUGCUAUAAUUGCAGCAUUAACGCCUUCUUUGCGGGACAAAAUCGAUACUUUCAAACCUAUGCAGGCAGUGGCUCUUCCGCAAUCGUUGCAGGCACCGGCACGGAAACGCAGAAAGCUGAAACCCCAAGAAGAGUCUGAGACUGUGCAAGUUCCCAACCAUAGUGCAGCGGUGGUGAGCGAGUCAUUAGCUUUUCAGGUCGAUAACGAAGGAUGUGGGUUUUGCUCGGAAUCGUCUGCAUGUCUGUGCAAAGAUGAUUUGAUACCUCAGUCUAACUGUCUCUCAACUCAUAAACGACUAUUAAAACCUACGGGUAUGUAA